AUGUCCAUACCUAAAGUGACUGUGUCCCUGUCGCCAGUUCACACGAAUCCCUCCAUUGUCGCAGUCGUCCGAACAGUGAACCUCGCCUUCUCAUCCGACCCAUUGAUACAAUGGCUUCGUCCAAACGCAACACCUUGGUCUGAGCAUGAUCCUUCAGCAUGGAAGUGGCAGUACCGUCGAGUACAGACUAUAAUGUCUCGUGGACAGGUACUCCAAUCCGAAAGUGUUGGGCAGAUGGCGCAAGUCUUUCAGAAAAAGUCAUCCACAUCAAAAGAUAAGGCAGCACCAGAGAAGGGAUCUCGUAUUCCGGUGUCGCAAGAUCUAGACAUUACCAGUUCCGACGCCGGCGCGGUUCGCGUGAAUAAGCUCAUCGCUGCAAACAAGGCCAGCGCUGACGGUCUUCAGAAGCAAUACUCAAAGCGGGAGUUAUGGUACCUUGAGGUUAUUGCUGUGCAUCCUGCACUACAGUCACGCGGCCUUGGCGGAGGUGUGAUGAGAUGGAUUCUGGAGCAUGUUGGGAACCAGCCGAUAUACUUGGAAUGCACGCGGCGGGACAACGUUUCGUUUUACGAGGCAUUCGGUUUUCAGAUUGUUGAGGAGGUAGAGUUGGUCGAUGAUGAUGAUGGUGAGAAGCUUGCAUACUGGGUGAUGGUUCGUUCGCAAGAUCCAUGA